GGCCACGUUUAAUGACAGAUUAACUAAAUGACAAAAUUAAAUGAGUAAUUUAAUUGGGCAGAGUUGUAAUUAUAGAAAAGAAUCUUACAGAUAACACACAAGUGGGAUGAGUGGAUGAUUUUUUGGCAAUUUUUUUUUAUUAUACAUGGGGCCCACACAUUGUCUCUAUUCUAAUGGACUUAUGUGAAGGAAAAUUCUGUAUAUAUGAAAUUUCUCAAUUUAAUUUCACUUAUUAUUUAAUAAAACAUUAGGAUUACCGGAAUUACAAUUUCAAUAAAGCUAAAAUAGCAUUACUCAUAAAAUAAACAUAAUAGUUGCAUUGACUCUGAAUGUGAGUUAUUAGUCCGAUUUGUUCAUGUGCUACUGUUCAUAACAAAUGUCUCCCUUUCCCACACCUCUGCAUCUCCUCCAUUCCUCUUUGUCAAACUUGACUUGAACUUGAGAUUUUUGGUGUGAUGUGAUGUUAUUAUAAAUUAUUUGAUAUAAAAGAUGGAAAAUGCUGGUUGUACAGCAUUGGCUCACAGCAAGUUUCACAACAUUUCAAAAUGGGUGACGUGGAAUAGGCGGGAACGGAUUUCACUUGAAAAAUUCAAGGAAAUGCGUGGGUCAAUAGCAACCCGGCCCGUUUCAGUAAUUCCCAAAAAUCUUGAAUUCCCACUGUCAAAAAUCAAAUUUCCCCAAUACAACACCCGCGAGCAAAUUAUUUCCCGGCAGAUGGGUUCGUUCCGGUGAGAAGAGAGGAAAAAAUUUCUUGAUUUCUGGGUCCGACUUCGUAGAAAUCCAGCUCUCGCGACUUGGCCACUGGGCCAUUUUCGUUGAGCAAGCUUUCCCAGUUAGAAUCCCCUCUCACUACGACAUCGGUUGGAACACAAAAUACCAUUCACAAUACUGGGUCCACUUUCCUAAAUUUGAUUUAUCGACUUGAACACAAAAAACCAUUCUACCACAUGACGAAAUUUGAUUCAUCGACUUGGUCCCCUUUGACGACUACAAUCCGACCCCCAAAUCUGUUUUACCCACGUGACUCCCUCUAAGGACAACCCGAGUAGCAUUCGACAAGAAAUCCAACUACCUCACCAAAGCCCAACUUUAUCCAUCUCCAAAUCAACCAAGAAUCAAGGAAAUCUAUGUACCUAUCAAGAUGACAGACAAAGGACAAGAACUAACGGAAGUAUUAGAUGACGAAGUCUUUGUCGAAUCCAAUGAUGAGAACUUGAUGGACAAUGUAAUCACAUUGGAAGAUGAUAAUGUAGGAGGAAAUGCUGCGAUUGCGCCGGAAGUGGGUAUAAAAUUCAACGACGAGCAAGAAUGGUUUGAAUUUUACAAAAAAUAUGCGUACGAAGUAGGUUUUCCAGUUAGGAGAAGAAAUUUCGGAAAGUACAAUGGUGUAGUGACAAAUGUUACGCUAACAUGUAGUCGUGGGGGACAACGACGCGAUAAAAAAGGCUCUUCUUUGAAGCCUCAGCCAACGAUUCAGAUGGGUUGCAAAGCGAGGAUAACUGCUUCCUCAGAUAUUCGGGGAAUAUGGAGAAUUUGCACGGUUGACCUCGAACAUAAUCAUAAAACAAGUCCAUCGAAAUCCAGGUUGUAUCGAUGCAACCGAGAAUUGAGUGCACAUGUGAUACGAAAACUAGAAGUGAAUGAUAUAGCAGGAAUUUCUUUGCAUAAGAGUUACAACUCCGCAGUAGUUGAAGCCGGUGGGUAUAAGAAUAUGACUUGUAUUGAAAAGGAUUGUCUGAAUUAUGUGGAAAAAGUGAGGCGGUUAAGACUAGGUGAAGGGGAUGCUGCUGCUAUACAAUCCUACUUUGCGGAGAUGCAAGCACGUUCUAGGUUUUAUUUCUCUAUGGAUUUGGAUGACGAGUCAAGGCUUAAGAAUCUUUUCUGGGCAGAUAAUAGGUCUUGGCAAGCAUAUAAGGAAUUCGGUGAUGUAGUGACGUUUGAUACCACUUACCUAACCAAUAAAUAUGACAUGCCAUUCGCUCCCUUUGUUGGAGUAAAUCAUCACGGACAGUCGAUACUACUUGGAUGUGGGUUGCUAUCAAAUGAGGAUACAGAUACAUUUGUUUGGUUGUUCAAAACAUGGAUGUUGUGCAUGCAUGGUCAAGCUCCUAAUGGAAUUAUUACCGAUCAAGAUAGGGCUAUGCAGAACGUAAUUCAGAUAGUGUUUCCAAAUACGAGACAUAGAUAAUGUCUGUGGCACAUAUUGAAAAAGUUGCCUAAAAAAUUUAGAUAUCACGUGGACAAGAGAUCUAUUUUUCCAUGUAUACACGGAUUAGUGUACGACUCACAGUUUGUUGAAGAGUUUGAGAAAGGUUGGGAAUUGAUGAUUGAUACUUAUAACUUACAAGAUAAUGAAUGGUUGUCCGGUUUGUUUGAGAACAGAGGUCGAUGGGUACCAUGUUAUUUGAAAAUGACUUUCUGGGCGGGGAUGUCAACUACUCAGCGUAGUGAGAGUGUAAAUGCGUUCUUCGAUGGAUACGUGCAUUCUAAGACGUCAUUGAAGCAGUUUGUAGAACAAUAUGAACGAGCACUGCGAAGGAAGAUUGAGAAGGAAUUCCAUACAGAUUUCAAGUCGUUUUCGCAAAUGGUGCCGUGUGCAACGAAAUAUGAAAUGGAAAAGCAAAUUCAGGCAGUUUAUACCAUAGCCAAAUUUCAAGAAUUUCAAAAUGAGAUAACUGGUAAAGUGUACUGUGAUGUCUUAAGUGCAUCUGACGAGUGUUCGGGGAGGAUGUAUGAGGUUGAGGAGGAUAUCAUUUACGAAGGCAAGGUGAGGAAGAAAAAAUUCACGGUACUGUUUCGUGCGGAGGACUGCGAUAUUGUUUGCAGUUGUCAUUUGUUUGAGUUCCGAGGAAUUUUGUGUAGACAUGCCAUCUCAGUGUUGAUGCGUAACGGCAUCUCAUCACUAUCGGAUCGGUACAUAUUACGGAGAUGAAGGAGAGAUAUUUGUAAAGCUCACACGAGAGUUGUAGUGAACUAUGACGGUUUAGUUAGCACUCCUGACCAAUUGAGGUAUGACAAAAUGUGUGAAGAGUUUGCUACUUUGGCAGAUAUAGCCGCAAAUAAUAAGGACGGAUGUCGCCUGAUAGUAGAUUGGAUUCAGUUACAGUCGAAGGAGAUAAUGUCUACCAAGCAGACUUCUCAGAGCACUAGCAUUUCUAUGCCAAAUCUGCAUCUAGGAUCCCAGUCGAAAGCAUCGCAAGACAUGGGCAGUGGCACUUUACAGGAUCCUAUAUGCGCGAAACAGAAGGGAGCACCAAAGAAACAGCGUAAGAAAAGCCCAUUAGAGUCAAGUUCAAAGAAAUCGAAGGCAGUUGCCUCUUCAAGUACAGGAUGUAGACCGCGAUCAAGGAAUACUAAUCUUGUACAGGAUACACCUGUCGUUCAGAUACCCGAGCAAGCAGAAUAUCCCGUAUCCACUCCAGUUUCAUAUUCACAAUUUAGUAUGGUUGACCGUUGGCCGAAGAGCCAUGCAGUUACACAACCGUUGGUAGCUUCAAACUCCAUUGCUCCGUUGUCAUCAAAUGUUGUAUUCAAUUACCCAAGUAAAUUAUAUGGUGUCGUAUGCAAACACAUAUUGCAC